AUGGAAAACACAUCUUUCGGCUUCAGUACACAGUUAACCUUGGACCCAUUUGUUAUUCCACCUGGAGGAAAGUAUCCCAUAUUUUUUCUCGGUAUUGCGAUUUAUUUUUUUGGAAUUUCCUGCAACCUGACCUUGCUGACUUUGAUCAUUCUGAGGAGGAACCUUCACAAGCCCAUGUAUUUCAUCCUGUUCAGUCUUCCCCUCAAUGAUCUGAUAGGAAUAACUGCAAUGCUGCCAAAAGUACUGUCAGAUAUCGUCACAGAGACACACAAGGUUCACUACCCUCUGUGUGUCUUGCAGGCUUUCUUGCUCCACAUGUACGGUGGUGGGAUACUGUUCAUUCUUGCAGCAAUGUCCUUCGAUCGAUACGUCGCCAUCUGCAUGCCGCUGCGCUACAGCUCAGUUAUGACUACCAGAGUUGUUAUUUGCAUCAUCUCUCUAGUUUGGGGUCUUGACUUUGUCUUGAUUGUCUCCCUGUUCUCCUUGCAGACAAGGCUUCCCAGGUGCAAAUCUGUCAUUAUGAAUGUGUUCUGUGACAAUCCGUCUCUCCUGAAACUCACGUGCGGGAACACGGCACUCAAUAACAUCAUAGGACUGUUCAACACGGCCGUCAUGCAAGCUGUGAGUGUGUCCGUUCAGGCGUUUUCCUACGUUAAAAUCCUGAUCACGUGCGUGGUCACGAGGAAAUCUGAGGCAAAGACGAAAGCCGUCAACACGUGCGUCGCACAGUUGGUGAUACUGAUCAUAUUUGAGGUCGUGGGAACGUUCACGAUUUUAUCUCACAGGUUCAAAAACGUCUCAGCCGACUUGCAAAAGAUAAUGGGCAUGCUAAUAUUUCUAGUACCUCCGCUCCUGAAUCCAAUCGUAUACGGGUUGUAUACAAGUGAAAUACGCAACACUCUGCUGAGAGUGUUAAAAAACAGAGUGUCCUUCUAG